AUGGACGGUACCUUGCAAUUCCUUUCAAAUCUCUCUGACCACCGCGUCGAAUUUAACGACAACGAAGAACAAGAAGAAGAAGUGUAUGACACCGAGGCAUGGGAAGCGAUUACCAAGUGUUUUAAAGAGGUACAAUCGGUUUUGGAUCAGAACAGAGUUCUAAUUCAACAAGUGAAUGAAAAUCAUGAAUCGAAGGUUCCAGAUAAUAUGGUGAAGAACGUUGCUCUUAUUAGAGAUAUAAAUAGUAAUAUCUCUAAAGUUUCUCGCCUUUACUCCAAUCUCUCUCGUGAUUUCUGCAACAUCGUUCAUCAACGACGAACACAGGCUUUGUGUGAACCUAAGAAUCCAGAUGAUGACGUGGACACUGCCGAAUCCUGA